AGUAGCCUUAUGAUUUGUGAUCGACUCUAAAAUCCGACCAGUGGCUGCAGUGUGGUAGCCUCAGACCAUGUAGGUUUACCUGGAAGAUCGGUAAUUUGCACUUUUUGCGCCGGGAGCGGUGUGCUUGAGAGCAUGGUUAACACAGAGGAACUGGAAGAACGGCUGAAAAAACUGAUUGUAAGAUUGAAAAAUGUGCAGGAACGGAAGCAGGUGGACACGUUGGUGCAGAUCAUUGAGGAUCUUAUGUGUUUGGCACGCGAUGAGGGAGCUGCGGAGCUGUUUGAAGACAAAGAUGUGCACUCUCCCCUGAUGGUGGUUCUGUCAUCCUACAUCCAAAGCCACAGAGUGCAGCAGGUGGGCUGGUCGCUCCUCUGUCAGCUGAUGGAAAUCUGUCCGAUGACCCUGGACAAGCUGGCGGGGCCCCUGAGUGCUGCGCAGGACUGGGAGGUGCUGGGGAUCCACCAGCAGAUUCUGAGGGUCCUCUCUUUGCACAGUGGAAACUGCACAGUCAUGCUGAUGGGACUGAGAACACUUACGUAUCUUCUGAAGUCAGAUGUGAUUGUUUUGAUGGUCUUGGAGGAUGAGCUGGACGUGUUUGAGCUGAUUCUGAACGCCAUGGUCAGGUUCGGGUCCCGGGAGGAGAUUCAGCUGCAGGGGUGCCGGGCUCUGCAGCUGCUGCUGGAACAGGUGCCAGACGAGCACCUGGUGGAGUUUGUGGAGAGGGGGGACUACAGUGUGGUUCUGAGAGUUCUGCGUGUGUUCCCGGACCGCCAGGACCUGGUUCUGCAGGCUCUGAUGGUUCUGCUGCCCCUGGCUGGCCCAGCCAGCAACGUGGAGAUUCUGAUGUCAGGGAGCGAGCGCUGCUACAGUCUGAUCAGCCUGGCCAUGCAGGCGUUUCCACACUUCCAGCAGCUGCAGGAGCUCGGCUGCUGUCUGCUGCACAGGUUCUGCACAGAGAGUUACUGCAGCAUCCUGGUUCUGAAUGGGGUGCACAGGGUGGCUGUGAGGGCGUGCCAGAUGUACCCCGAAAACGCCAGGCUGCAAGUGGCUGCACUCUCCUGCCUGGCUGCCCUUACUGAAACAAUCGUGCGAAACAAGGGCCUUGAGGAAGAGAGGAAGGAGGGAGAGGAAGAGGAGGAGGAGGAGUGGUCCUGGAUGGAAGCGUGCUACACAGCGCUGGAGUUCCACACAGCUGAUGCCCAGGUGCUGGAGGCGGCCUGCUUGGCGCUGAACAGUCUGCUGUUGCAGGACUCCCGGCUGCACCGCAGGUUUGGGGAGCAGGACGGAAGGACGCCUGUGCACAGGCAGGUGAUGGCGGCCAUGCUGCUGCACUCUGGCUCGCAGGGACUGUUUCAGGCGUCAGCCGCCAUACUGGCAACCCUCAUCCAUCAUAAUGGUAAAAUUCCGUCUCUGCUGCUGGCCAAUGGCAUCCACAUCAACGUUGUUGAGAUGAUGAAGAAGCACAGCUCGUCCCCUGAGAUCGCAGAGAGCGCGUGCAGACUGCUCCACACACUCUUCCAGGGACGCACAGCAAGUCUGGAUGAGGUCACCAUGGCAAUGUCUGAGAUUCUGAGAGCCAUGAAGACCCACAAUUUCCAAAUGGAGGUCCAGCUGGAGGCCCUGAGGGCAAGCCUGACCUUCCUCAACCCUGACCGGAGGCUGAGGGAGCACGGUGCGUCGGUGGCCGACCCCGACACCGCUGAUGUCUCGCUCAGGGUGCUGAAGAAUCAGUGUGUGGUGGAGGGAGCUCACAGCGUCUUCCUGGAGGCGCUGAAUCGAUUUAUCGGGAGCCUGGACAUCCAGGACUGUGGCUUGAGAGUUCUGUCCGCUCUGGCUGACUGCUCUGGUGCAGUGGACCUGAUGUGCCAGCAGGGGGCGAUCGACACGGUGCUGCACACGCUCCAGAUGUUCCCUGAAGAGAGAGAAAUACACUACUGGGGACUCAGUCUGCUUCACUACCUCAUCGCCAGGAAGAACCUGUCCAGAAUGAUAGUUCCUGUUUUGGCCUCUGUGCUUGUGAACUCCCUGAAGCGUUUCCGAGACGAUGCAGAGGUGCAGCUAAAGGGGUUCCAGGUGGCCUGGAAGUUGCUGGACACCUGUUCAGAUUCUGCAGUGGAGCUAGAGAAGGAGGAGUUUGACAGAGAGCUCUUCCUGCAGCUGAAGGUGGGGCGGAUGGAACAGUACUCUGACCCACUGCGCAAGGUGAGCUGCCUGUGCUUGUCCAAGAUGGCCGCUGACAGUGACAUCUGCUAUGACAUGCUGGAGAAGGCGUGUACGGAUGGAAACAUCAUCAUGGCAGAGUGUCUCAUACACCUGGGUGCUGAUGUCAACAAGAAAACAAAGACAGACUCUCUCAUCUACCAGGUGUGUGAGAGGGGCGGUCCAGUGGAGAUGGUGGAGUUGUUGCUGCGCAGCGGGACACAUGAGCUGCAGCUGCGCAGUGCUCUGAGCUGCUGUGUGCGCAGGCAGGACGGGCCGCUGAUCAGCGCGCUGCUGGGCCGGCUGGGGCUGGACCUGAACAACAGUGCGCUGUGCCUGGGGGGGCUGCGGCUCGGCCCCCUGCAGCCCUGCUGGCUCAGUCCCCUGUUUUCUGAGCGCAGAGCCGCCAGCCUGCGCCGCGCUAGCGGUGUAGGUGUGUCUCUGGCCCGGCAGGUCUUGUCCUAUCAGAGGAGACAGGCCUCCCUGAACUCCCAGAGGAGGGCGCCAGAGGCCUGCUCGUCGGGGUACCUGUCUGACGGCAGUGAGGACGGCAGUGUGCUGUCCCUGGAUGACAGCCUGGUGUUUCUGAGCGAGGACAUGGAGAGUGACGGCAGCGACGGGCUCCCUCGUGGGAGGACUGGGCAGGACGAGGCUGUGGAGGAGGGGCGCAGAGCGCCGGCUGCACACCAGCAGCUGCGACACAGACACGCCAGCGCAGAGGGAGGAAACGCAGAUUCAGAACCAAAUGAGUUUCGACAGCGGAGAUCAUUAAAAUCUCCAAACCAAAGAGGUAAUUGCUCUCCGGUCCUGGGUUCAGUGGAGAGCCCCUCCCUGUCUGGCUCCACCUCAUUGGGCGGGGACAGGCAGCGUAUCAGGCUGCUGGACCUAUCAGGGAACGAGCUAGACUCUCUGUCCUGUUUGAUGGACGAGGGCCCAGUCCAGCAGCACCUGGAGCACUUGGUCCGUCUCGAGCUGAGCCAGAACAACCUGUCUGAGUUUCCCAGUGCGCUGUGUCAGAAUCUGAGGAGUCUGACACGUCUGGAUCUCCAUGGUAACAGACUGCAGUCCCUGCCAAUGGGACUCCUUGGCCUGCCUGCACUGAGUGUGCUCAGUGUCUCCCGGAACUGUGUGGGGCCGCUGCUGCCUCUGGAUGCAGCUGCCAGGUGCCCCUCCCUCAGACAGCUCAACCUGGCCUCCAAUCACAUCACUGCCUUCCCAGAACAGCUGGGCCAGGCCAUGGACAAACUGGAGGAGCUCUUGUUUGAAGGGAAUAAAAUUGCAGAACUCAGCUCUUCUCUCUGCCUACCUGAAAUGAAGCUCCUUGAUGUCAGCAAGAAUCAGAUUGCGAAGAUCUCAGAGGAUUUCCUGUCUCACUGCGUCAAGCUAGAAAACUUCAAUGCUUCAAUGAACAAACUCUGUAAUUUGUCACAUUUACCAGUGAAGAUCACAGCGCUGAAACUAUCGCACAAUCGCUUCACCCGCAUUCCCGAGGUCAUUCUGCAGCUGCCGUGUUUGCGAUCACUGGACAUGAGAAACAAUGACAUCACAGAGCUCCCGGGACCGUCAGCUUGGGCGUCAGCCAACCUGAGAGAGCUCAUAUUCAGCCAUAACCGGAUCGGUGCUCUGGACCUGAGCGGACCCGUCUACAAAUGGGCCCGGCUGGAGAAACUGCACCUCUCCAGCAACAAGCUGACAGAGAUCCCCCCACAGAUCGGCCUGCUGGAGGAGCUGGCCUCCCUUGAUGUCAGCCAUAACGCUGGCCUGCGCUCCUUUCCAGACGAGAUGGGGAGGCUGGUGCGGCUGUGGGACCUCCCCCUGGAGGGCCUCCGCCUCCACCUCGACCUCAAGCACAUCGGCAGCAAGACCAAAGACAUCGUCAGGUUCCUGCAGCAGCGUCUGAAGAAAUCUGUGCCGUACCACCGCAUGAAGCUGAUUGUAGUGGGGAAUUCUGGGAGUGGGAAGAGCACGCUCAUCCAGCAGCUCAUGAAGCCGAAACGGACCCAGUCUCGUGUGGACCGAGCUGACACGGGCAUCCGCGUCAGAGACUGGGCCGUCCGGGACCGGGACAGGAAGAACAUAGUGCUGAACGUGUGGGACUUCUCAGGAGGGGAUGAUUACAAUGACUCAAACACACACUUCCUGACACCGAGGGCGCUGUACCUGGUUGUGUACAAUGUGAGUAAGGGCGUGGCCGAGGUGGACUCCAUCAAGCCCUGGCUCUUUAACAUCAAGGCUGUGGCUCCAGCCUCCCCGCUCAUCCUGGUGGGUACACACACAGACCUGAGUGAGGACAGACACUUGCAGGCCUGUUUGGCAAAGAUCCGAGCAGAGCUGCUGAACCAUCAUGGCUUCCCUGUGAUCAGAGACCACUACAUGGUGAACGCCAGCGAAGACUCGGACUCCCUGAGCAAACUGCGGCAGACAAUCAUCAGAGAAACAGCCAGCUUCAAGAUCCAGGGUCAGCCAGUGAUGGGUCAGCUCAUCCCGGAGAGCUACCUGGAGCUGGAAAGGCGGAUGGUGCAGGAGAGGGCCAGGGUGCCCUCUGAGUUUCCCGUGCUCCAUCACAGCCGCCUGCUGGAGAUCAUCCAGGAGAACCAGCUGCAGCUGGACGAGAGUGAGCUGUCUCACGCUGUGCACUUCCUCAGUGAGGCGGGCAUCCUCCUGCACUUCGAUGACCCCGCCCUCCAGCUCAGGGACCUGUACUUCAUCGACCCACAGUGGCUCUGCAGCAUUCUGCCCCAGGUUUUGAGGCUGAAGCACUCGGGGGCCUCUGGCUCGCCCAGCGGCAUCAUGCAGCGUACUGUGGCGGAGCAGUUCGUCCUCGAGAGCAAGUGCUUCCCUAAAGCAUACGUCCCGCAGUACCUGAAGCUGCUGGAGAAGCUGCUGAUAGCCCUGCCGUUCGGAGAGGACCACCUCCUCAUUCCCAGCGGCCUGUCAGACCGCAGGCCGGAGAUCGACCUGCCUCACUGCGAGAAGUCAGAGGUGAUCGUGCGCGAGUACGAGAUGCCCUACUUCCCCAUGGGCUUCUGGGCGCGGCAGAUACAGCGGCUGCUCCAGGUGUCGUCCUCUCUGCUGUGCGGGCGAGGCAGAUCCCUGAGACCGAACAGGAUCUACUGGAGGAGAGGCCUGUACCUCAGCUGGUCCCCCGAGGCGUACUGUCUGCUGGAGCACACUGCACACAGCUUUGUCAGGAUCACCGUGCCCUGCUCCCGAAAAGGUCGGGUUCUGCUGGGUCAGGUGGUGGACCACAUCGACUCUGUUUUGGAGGAGUGGUUUCCCGGCCUCCUCACCACCGAUAUCCAUGGCGACGGGGAGGCGCUGCUGAAGAGGUGGGCUCUGUACAGCUUCGAGGACGGGCAGCAGUGGAGGAGGAUGCUGCUGGAGGAGCUCUUCUCACACAUCCAUGCAGAAUGCCUUUUGGUGAAUCCACUGGAUCCACGGUCCACCAUUCCCAUCUCGCAGAUCGCUCCUGAUCUGAUCCUGAGUGAUCAGCCCUCCAGCCUCAUUCUGAACAGUGAGGAGCUGGAGCUCGAUCUCUCCAAGGAAUACCUGCUGGGGGAUGGCGGCUUUGGCUCUGUCUAUCGAGCGAUGUACAAAAAUGAAGAUGUUGCUGUUAAAAUUUUCAACAAGCAUGCAUCAGAGAUGUACAUCCACAGACUCCUGAGACAGGAGCUGGCAGUGUUGGGGCGCCUGCGUCACCCCAGCCUGGUGUCCCUGCUGGCGGCUGGGACGUCCCCUCCGCUCCUGGUCAUGGAGCUGGCCCCCCGCGGCUCGCUGGACUCGCUGUUCCAGCAUGAGAACGGCAGCCUGAACCGCAAGCUGCAGCACAGGAUCUCCCUCCACGUCGCCGAUGGGCUCAGGUACCUUCAUGCCUCCAAGAUCAUUUACCGAGACCUGAAGCCUCACAACAUCCUUCUGUUCAGCUUGAAGACAGACUCUGAGGUCAUCGCCAAGAUCACAGACUACGGCAUCGCACAGCACUGCUGCUGCAUGGGAGUGCGCACGUCAGAGGGCACUCCCGGCUUCCGUGCGCCGGAGGUUGCCCGGGGAAACGUGGUGUAUAACCAGCAGGCGGAUGUGUUCUCCUUUGGCCUGCUGCUGUAUGACCUCCUGACCUGCGGGGAGCGCAUAUCCGAUGGCAUGAAGUUCCCCAGCGAGUUUGAUGAGGUUGCUGUGCAAGGAAAGCUGCCAGAUCCGGUGAGGCAGUACGGCUGCUCUCCCUGGCCAGGCUUCCAGAGCCUGAUGAGGGACUGUCUGAGGGAGAACCCCCAGCAGCGACCCUCCUCUGCUCAGGUGUUUGACAGGCUGAGCUCCGGGGAGCUGCUGUGCUUGCUGCAGGAGGUGGCGGUGCGCGGCGUGCCGGGGGCGGAGUGUUUGGCCGUGUCCAGGCAGCGGGACGGAGCGUGCGUUUGGGUGGGCAGCGGGAGCAGCAGCCAGAGGCAAGGCUGUGUCACGUCUGUGGACCUGGCGUCCGGGAGACUCCGCCCACAGGAGAUUGACAGCAGUCCUGUGCUAUGCCUGGUGACCGUGCGAGUCCCAGGAGAGCCGUGUGAUAGGCUGGUGGCAGGAACGCAGUCUGGCACGGUGAUGGUUAUUAGCACUGAAGACCCGUCCAGGAGGCACUGUCUGCAGCGUCUGAGUGACGCAGUCACUUCCCUCUUCUACCACUCACACCCUCAGCACAGCAAAAAGAGGAGUUAUUUGCUGGUUGGGACUGCGGAUGGAACGCUGGCUGUUUAUGAAGACUCAGUGAUCCAGUGUGAGAACGGCCAGCCCACGAAGAUGGUCCAGAUCGGCAAUGUCAACACUCCACUGAUGUGUCUGGGCCCGUCUGGUCACUCGCAGGACAGAACCACCAUGUGGGCCUCCUGCGGUACCCGGGUCCUGUCCUUCACCGCCGACUAUGACGUGUGGAAGACUGUUGACACCAAACCCAGCUACCUGCUCCCCCAGCUCGGCCGCAGCAGCGCCGAGGCCAGCAUCUCGCGCCUGGCGGUGGAGAAGCACAUCUACCUGAGCAAGGUGGGCGCUCCGGUGGUGGAGGUGUGGGACAAGAAGAGCGAGAGGAUGACUGACCUCAUCGACUGCAUGCAGAUACUGCUGUGCGGUUCCCGCAGGAGAGUGGGGGGGUGGAGCGGGGAGAGCAGCCCGGAGGGGGCAUGGUGGGCUGUGGUGAAGGCGCUGAUGGUGCAGUCCAACGCCGUGCUGUGGGUGGGGACCAGAGGAGGCCAUCUGAUCCUGCUGGAACUGGCGACACGGCAGCCCCUGCAUGUGAUCAGUCUGGCCUGCCAAUCCGUGCGGAGCCUGGCAGCGGCACACCUGGAAACCGUGAACCCGAAGAAUGUGGUGCUGGUUCUGGGAAGGAAGCCCUGCCAAGAUCAAAGCUCUCAGUCUGAUGGUGACUCUGUUCUCCUGAUGUGGAGCAGUGUUCUGCCGCUGGAGGUGAGAGACUUGCAUAGACACUGCGAGCUGAGAGAGGAGAUCUGUGGGAAGAUGCUGGCCUCUGUGUGUGACUGAGCGGGGCCGGUACGUGUGUGACUGAGCGGGGCCGAAAUAUGUUUGGAAAAAGAGACCUACUUGAAGAUUCUCAGACAGAAAUUUGCUUCACAAUUGUUGGAAAAACAUGCCUUGUUACCGUACCCAACUGGAAAUAUUGUUUUAGAGGUUUUGUGUGGUGGAAAUGGAAUUAAUCAUUGCAUCACAAAUGUAAAAGGGACAUUAUUAAUCAUACUAUAGAAUGCUUUUGUGAAACUCCAUUAUAAUUAAAAACUGGCACUUACAUCGUGAAAGAAAAAUUCAACUGACAGUAUCGGUUUUCAUUUAUUUAUCAAAUGUAUGGGGGCAGUUUCUGCCCUUGGCUGUUCUUGUGACAGACUUGUCCGGAUGACGUGUUUCUGUGCACUCUGGUAUGUUUGUGAUUUUGUAUAACAAUAAAUAAUGUUUUAUG